UAUUUUAUCAAAUGAACAAACUUUAGUAUCUUUUUCUUGGUUAUUCUUCUUAGUAGGUGGAAAACUGAAAAAAGACAACUUAUUUUUAUUAAUUUAAGGAUGACCCUUCUGUUUUCUAUUAAGAAAAGACCAUAUAAUCAAUCAUUCAAGAUUCUAUUUUUCUUGGCAUCAAAACUUGUUCCUUGUAGAUAAAUUUACAAUUUCUCUGUAGAAUUUCUUGUAUUCUGUUUUUGUCCUGUUGAUAAGCCUUAAUUAGUUGACAUGGCCACAGAAUUUGGUUCUGCUAUUGUUGGUGCAGUUGCUCAAUUCUUGAUCCAGCCAAUUGUCCGACAAUUCGGAUAUUUGUUUUGCUACCACAAGAAUGUUAAGGAACUUCAACGCCAAUCUGAGAGAUUAGAAGUUAUAAGCAAUGGUGUACAACGAUCAGUUGAUUUGGCUCGAAGGAACUUACAAGAGAUUGCUCCUGAUGUAGAGGCAUGGCUAAUAGAGGUCAACAAAAUGAAGCCAGAUAUCCAAACAGUUGUGUCUGAUGUUCAGAACAUUGAAAUUACAUGUUUGAAUGAACGGUGUCCCAAUCCAAAAUCGCGCUAUGUGCUGAGCAGGAGAGCUAAGAAGACAACAAAAGUUAUCAUACAACUGCUAGAUGAAGGCAAUGGUUAUCUUAGUUUGUGUGGCUCAACAUUUUUAUUAGGGGUGGAUUUUUUUCUUGGUACUGGAAUUUACAUGGAAUUUAAAUCAAGAAAAUCAACCGAACACGAUAUAAUGGCAGCGUUAAACGAUAGAAAUGCCAGUAUAAUAGGAAUAUGUGGUAUGGGGGGAGUUGGGAAGACCACAAUGGUGAAAACAAUUGCUCAGAGAGUGAGAGGAGAGAAGGUUUUCGAUGAGGUUGUUAUGGCGGUUGUUAGUCAACAACCGGAUUUAAGAAAGAUUCAAGGUGAAAUUUCGGAGUUAUUGGGGCUGAAGUUAGAAGAGGAGAGUUUAUCAGUUAGAGCAUCUCGUUUACGAACAAGACUAAUGAAUGUUAAGAAGAUUCUUGUCAUUCUUGAUGAUGUUUGGUCAAGGCUUGAUCUUGAGGAAAUUGGAAUCCCUUAUGGGAAUACACAUGAAGGUUGCAAAAUCGUGUUGACAUCCAGAGUCCGCGAUGUUUGUACUGCAACAAGAGCUGAAAAGAUCAUAACAGUUGAGGUUCUAAAUGAAGAUGAAGCUUGGGUUCUGUUCAAAGGGCAAGCUGGAAAUUGUAUCGAAGCACCUGACUUACGUCCUAUAGCACGAGAUGUUGCCAAUGAAUGCAAAGGUCUACCAAUUGCUCUUGUAACUGUUGGAAGGGCACUGCAGAAUAAGCACAAGCCAUUGUGGGAGGAUGCACUUCUACAAUUGAGAAGAGCUUUGCCUACUAACAUACCAGGAUUGCUUGCUGAUGUAUAUCGACCACUAGAGCUGAGCUAUGAUCGGAUUGAAAGCAAUGAAGCCAGGUCUCUCUUUUUACUUUGUUCUUUAUUUCAAGAAGAUUUUAAUAUUCCAAUCGAAGAUUUGAUUAGAUAUGGAAUGGGGCUACGUAUGUUUGGUGGGAUACAAAAUUUGGUAGAAGCAAGAAAUCGAGCAUACACUUUAGUUGAGAUACUUAAAGAUCGUUUCUUGCUUAUCGAGGGAUAUAAAGCAUCAUAUGUUAAAAUGCAUGAUCUUGUUCGUGAUGUUGCAAUAUUUAUUGCAUCCCAGGAUAAGCAUGCCUUUAUGAUAAGCCACAAUGUUAACCUCAAAGAUUGGCCAAUUGAAGACUCAUACGAGCAUUACACGUGCAUCUCUGUGAUUUCAAAGGAAAUAUCUUCGUUUCCAAGUGGAUUGUCUUUCACUAAGCUUGAUCUUUUGCAAUUAGAAUGUGACAAGCCACAGAUCUUCGUACCAGACAGUUUCUUCGAAGGAAUGAGAUCACUCAAAGUAUUGGAUAUCUGUCACAUGGAUAUGCCAUUUCUAUCACCAUCUCUACGAUUUCUAAAGAACCUUAGAACAAUGCAUCUUUAUAGUUGCUCGUUGGGAGAUGUAUCGGUGAUUGGUGAGCUAGUAAACCUUGAAAUUCUUAGUUUUCGAGGCUCAAAUAUUAAGGUAUUGCCAGCACACAUUGGAAAAUUGAAAAAGUUGAGGUUGUUGGAUAUGUCAGGUUGUCGCGAUCUUAGAGAAAUUGCACCAAAUGUGAUAUCAGGAUUAGUUCGAUUGGAGGAACUAUACAUGGGAUGCAACUUCAGUUUUCGAUGGGAAGUUGAGGAAGAAGGAAAAGAAAAAAGUAAUGCUUCAGUUGGUGAGCUUGAAACUUUAUCGAACUUGAGUACUUUAGAGAUUCAAAUAGCUGAUGCUAGAGCUAUUCCACGAAAAAUGCUUCUUUCCUCAAAGCUAACAAAAUAUGCUAUAUCAAUAAGAGAUGUCCUUCCCAACGACGUGGAGAAAAGAUUCCAGAGAGCUAUGUACCUUUUCCUACCAACAAUGUCUCCUUUAGCUGAUUGGAUUCGAUCAACAUUAAGAGAUACAGAAUAUCUUGAUUUAGUUGGAGAAGGUUCAAUGAAUGCAUUGAAAGAGCUGAUUCCGGAGUCAUUUCAGCAUGUAAAGGUAUUACAGAUCAAUAAUUGUGAUAUCAUGGAGUUCCUUGUGAACACGAGAAGUUACAUUGUUCGAGGAGCUGGUGUUUUUCCUGUUUUGGAGUUGAUGAAUCUCGUUGAUCUUACAAGUUUACAAGAGAUAUGUCAUGGUCCUUUGCCAGCCGGAUCUUUUAGUAAACUGAAAGAACUAAAGCUUGAUUUAUUAGAUUCCUUAAGGAACUUAUCGAUAAGUCCAAAUGUCUCACUUGCCAAUCUCAGAUCAAUAUCGAUAAACAGAUGUCCGAGAUUACAAAAUCUCUUUCCAAAUUCGGUAGCCAGAGGAUUGUCACAGCUUGAAGAACUUAGAAUUUCCGAUUGUCAGAUGAUGGAACAAGUCUUUUCAGAGGAUGAAAUUGCAGAUGACAAGGUUGAGUUCUCCAAAUUAAAGAUCUUAAGGCUUGUGGAUCUACCGAUGCUAACAGCAUUUUGCAAGGGAAUUGAGGACAUGGAGUUCCCAAGUUUACAAUUUUUGAGACUUGAGAACCUUCCAAACCUCGAAAAUUUCUCACCAGAAAGUAGUUUUACUGCUCAUGAUGAUCAGAUUAUUGAGUUACAAACUCUUUCUGUUGAAUCUUCACAUCGGUUAAAAGUGGAAACGGCUAGAUGAAGGUAAAGGCGACGUCGCUAGUCAACAGUUUACUGUUACUCCAAUGCUUCCCUUCUAAGAAAGUUUGUUUGAAAUGCCAAAUAUGGAGGUAUAAAGAUCAAGAUUUGGAGCCCCAGUGUAAAAUGUGUAGCAAUGGCUACUUGUGCUUUGUGCUUUGUAACUGUAUCUAUAGAUAUUGGAAAUUGUUAUUGUAGUUGAUGAUUUGUGUGUGAA